AUGCCGUGGUCCAUGGUGCUGGAAACAACGCACUGCUCACUGCCCGUUGUGUCCCCCCUCGCCAAACGCCAUAUUAGCACGCAUGCUAACGCGAGUGCUCGGCACUACGGGUGCGUGCCGGGGAGAGACGCAGCGCAACCCUCUGCUCUGAGACGGGCUGGUGUCGCUGUGAUUCGACGGCAGGGGCCGUGCCGUCGCCCGGAACGCGCCUCGGCGCCCCAAUGUGUCUGGCUAAGUAGAGUGUAUGUAUGCAUGUACUUAUGGCAUGUGGAUGGGUUGAUGGAUGCAUGGCUAGAUGCAUUGCUGGAUGCAUCCAUGGCUGCGGAUUCAGACAGGCAGUGCUGUCAUGGCCUUGAAUGGCCCCCAUCCGCUCGCCCAUUGUCAUUCCCAUUCUCGGCUCAAGGGCGCAAAGCUUCCGAUAGCAAAGGCGCCAGGGUUUCAGAGCCUGAGCCGCGACAGCUUGUAGCCGAGCUGGGGGCAUCACCGUCGAUUCUGAUUCGACAGGCGCAGGAGGAGGAGCAAGCUCCACGACGCGCGGGCGGACUGGUGCUGCGUGUGCGUGUCCCUAUCGCCUCCAACACGCCUGCUUCUGGCCUGCCGCCGGCCGCGCUCCGGCCCGCCUCAUUGGCCCACUGCGCCCUGCUGCCCCCUGCUACUGCUUACCCCAAAUCCCAUCACUCCACCGCCUCCACCAUCCGCCCUCCCCAUCCACUCACUAUCGCCCGCAGCUUCCUGCAAGCACUUGGUCCUACCAGCUCCACUGGCUGGCUGACCGACACAGCCAAGUACACAUCGAGAACCACUGCUUUGUCCUCUCGUCGACUUUCUGGGAAGCGGCCCGCUGCAAUCCCGGCGCCGUUGGCAUCCAUGCUCUCUCUUACUCUACUUACUUAUCCUCCAUCCCACGCCAUCGUCAUCCUCCUCCUCCACACAACCAACUAAUGCCCAAGCACAGGCACAAGCACAAUCAUACUAGCCCGCACAUGGCCCGCUUAACUCAAAUCCCCCGCCCUAGCUCGACUGCCUCUGCGAGCUGCUGCCCUAUGGCGACGCCCUGUCAUGUCAUGCCAAAACACUGGCACCACGCAGCAAGCAACUGUGCCGAAAUCAUCCUUCCUUAGCUACCCUGGCCUGCCCUCACUCCCCCAAACCUCCACCCCAAUUCUAUACUUACUACCAAGUAGUAGAUAAUAGUAUGUAGUAGGAGUAGCAGUAAUAGUAGUAGUAAUAGUAGUAGUAAUAGUAGUAGUAAUAGUAGUAGUAGUAGUAGUAGUAGUAGUAGUAGUAGUAGUAG